AUGGACUCAUUCUCCGGCUUCGGCCCGCUCGAUGCCCGCUCGAUACUCCUCGGUCUCGUGGUGUUUCUGGUGCUGUAUCGUUUCCUUCGCCGUGCGCCGCUUAAUUUACCGCCUGGCCCCACGGGCUGGCCGGUGCUUGGGUACCUACCACAGCUAGCCACGGCUAGGGACGAUCCACAUGUUGUCUUUUCCAAAUUGGCUGCAAGGUAUGGCGAUAUCAUCAGCGUGAAUUUGGCGGGGACUCUGGUGGUAGUUCUGCACGGGUACCACACCAUCAAGGAAGCCUUCAAUCUCCACCAACUCAGCGCCAGACCCACCCUCUACGUCAGUGAGAGGCUCCGCCCCGGUGUAGGUAUCAUAGCGUCCUCUGGCGAGAUAUGGACUGAGAUCCGGAGGUUUUCCUUGACCGUCCUGAGAGGCUUCGGAGUGGGCAAGUCCAGUUUCGAAGAAAACAUUGCAACGGAGGCAAAGUUCCUGAUUGAGGAAUGGCAGAAGGAAGAUGGAUCCCCGUUCGACCCAAAGCACCUGAUAUCAAGCGCCGUGUCGAACGUCAUCUGCUCCGUAGUCUUCGGUGAGCGGUUCCAGUACACCGACGACAACCUCCAACGUCUUCUCCAAUACUCGGACGACAUCUUGGAUCAGGUCGGGGCAGGGGGCGCCAUCGAAUUCUCGUCCUUUCUCUCGAAACUCACGUUCCUGCCGAGCAUCAGGAGGUACGUGGCGACGGCCAGGCGGUUCAACGAACAGAUCGACUUGAUGGUGCGCGCGCAUGCUGUCGACUACGACGCCGACAGCCUUCGUGAUCUGAUCGACACCUUCCUAAAGCAGAAGGAAGUCAAGGAGUCGACGGCUGGUGGGGAAUCUAAAGUGUUCACCGGGAACAACCUGAAGAAGGUUGUCGGUGACCUUUUCAUGGCUGGAAGUGAGACUACGACCACAACCCUGAGAUGGAGUCUGCUCUACAUGAUGACCUACCCUGAGGUGCAGAGCAGGGUGCAGAAGGAGCUUGAUGACGUCACAAGGAGGAAUCGAUUCCCCCGGAUGUCGGACAGACCUGAUCUACCGUACACAGAGGCAGUUAUCUGCGAACUGCAACGGAUCAGCACCAUCGUACCGCUAGCGGUCCCUCACUGCAGCACCGAAGACAUCACAUUUCAGGGGUACACCAUUCCGAAGGGGGCGAUCGUGCUGUCCAACCUUUGGCAUGACCACUUCGACCCUGCGGUAUGGGAAGAGCCUGAAGCGUUCCGUCCGGAGCGAUUCCGGGAUAAAGACGGCAAGCUGAUCAGCCGUGAAGAGCUGACAGUUUUCGGCAUAGGUCGGCGCAUCUGUCUUGGAGAGCAUCUUGCCAGGAUGGAACUUUUCAUUUUCUUCACUCUGCUCCUGCACGAGUUCACCUUCAAGAAUCCCCCAGAUGCUCCUCCUGUCUCGCUCCAAGCGAUCAACGGAGGUACAUGGGCGCCUCUGAGUUUCAAAGUUUGCGCCGUUCCCCGGGCAUGAGAGCGACAGCGAUAUGCUUCAAAGUUCCGAUAGAAUCGAAAACCAUACUAUUAAACUGACAUCAUAACUCUUUUUAACCUGGGGGAUUUGACGAAGAUUUUUUUUUAAGGGAUACGACCAUUAAACUUGAUCAUAGAAUAGAAUCAUAGAUUCUACCCAAAGAACGACUCAUAGUUUCUGUCCGCUGGAGGAAGCUCCACUACUUCGGAUAUCUGACCAGGGGACGUGCUGCGGAGUUAUAGGAGCAACAAUCCUGGAAGGCAAAGUGGAGGGCAAAACUCAAGAGGCCGACCCAAAGCAACCUGGGGAGACAACAUCAAGGCCUGGACUGGACUGGACUCGGCAUCCACACACAGUGUGGCGCGCCAAAGAUCGCCCAAACAAAGUUGGCUAGUAUACAAAUAUUGAAUGCUUCGAGUGGUGUAGUAAAACUAGCCUC